AUGAUUUUUUUUUUCUUCUCAGGAUGCCGAUGUAAUAUGAUUGGUUCUGUAUCUUCAGGAUGUGAUAUCGUGACGGGGCAAUGCAAAUGCAAGCAGAAUGUUGUGGGGAGACAGUGUCAUCAAUGUGAGAUAGGACACUGGGGUUUAUUGACCGGAACAGGAUGUACUGCAUGUAGCUGCCAUCCCGUAGGAUCAUACAAUAUCACAUGCGACCACAAUACAGGCCAUUGUUACUGCCGUCCCGGAAUCGGAGGUAAACACUGCGACAAUUGUCUCCCAGGCUACUACGGAUUCUCCGAAAACGGGUGUCAAGCUUGCGAGCCGUGUACGAAAGCGGGACACAUAUGUGAUCCAGAGACAGGCCGGUGUGCCUGCCCACGUCUGACCUGGGGCGAGCACUGCGACCGCUGCAGGCCCGACUCUUACGAACUGGUACCAGGUGUAGGCUGCAAGCCUUGCGCCUGUUCGCCGGGAUCGACAAAAUCUCAAUGCAAUUUAUCGGGACAGUGUCCGUGUCGUUCUGGGUUCGACGGGCUACGCUGCGACCGGUGUGCGCCCGGUUAUUACGGUUACCCCAAAUGCAAACCGUGUAAUUGCGACCAAGGAGGUACUCUGCAAUGUCCCGAGGGGAUCUGUCAUUGCGACCGUAAUGGACAGUGUCCAUGCAAGAAAAAUGUUUACGGAAGACGGUGUAAUAAGUGCGUGGAAGGCACUUUUGGUCUCUCGAAAGACAACACCGAAGGCUGCACAGAGUGUUUCUGCUUCGGAAGAACCUCAAAGUGUCAACAGGCGAGCCUCAGUUGGGGCUCUCGGCAUCUCACGCACUUACGAACUCUACGCAUCGAUGAUUCUGUCAAUGAUGUCAUCGUUGCCAACUUCGGAUACUCAGUGGUUCUACCGACCUUGAAUGGCGGUCUAAAUCUGACGAACGGUCUAUCGAUUAUACCUGGUACUUCUGGUGAUGUAACGUUGCCGGCUAAUCUUUAUUACAAUUAUCCGCUCUACUGGCAGCUUCCGCAAUCUUUUCUUGGUGACAAAAUUGUUUCCUACGGCGGUUAUUUAAAAUUAAAAUUAUUCACUGAAGGCGGAGUACCAUUAAGAUCUAGUCUUCGUUAUCCACUAGUACAAAUCCAAGGCAAUAAUAAAAUAGUAUUAGAAUAUUACCAGCAAUUAACAUCGACCGAUGAUUACUAUAAAAUACGAUUACACGAAUCACUUUGGCAAUUACAAAAUCGACCCGACUACAAAGUGUCUCGAGAAGUUCUGAUGGUCGCGUUGCAGAAUGUCCAGUCAAUAUUGGUGAAAGCUUCCGACAACUCGGACUUUGAAGAAGCUAUAUUAUUAGAAGCUUCAAUGGAUGCAGCUGUACUAAUACCCACGCACUCUCCGUCGCUGGCAAUAGGCGUUGAAGUUUGUGAGUGUCCUGCUGAGUACAACAAUACGUCGUGUCAGGAUCCUAGUGUCGGUUAUUACCGGUGGUACAAUGCCAAUUUAACAACUACUACAUCGACAAGUGUAAUUGAAUUAAUAGGCCAAGCUAAGCGUUGUCAAUGCAGUGGCAGAUCAGAUGUAUGCGAUAUUGAAACCGGUUAUUGUCUAAAUUGUCGGGAAAAUACAGCCGGUGAAUAUUGCGAAAAAUGUGAAGAAAGUUUCUACGGAAACCCCGAUUACGAUGGAUGCAAAUCAUGCCCUUGUCCGCACACGGAUAAAAGAUUCGCGGUUGGUUGCAAAAUACGUAAAAAUGAAGAACCUGUGUGUCAUUGUAAGCCAGGAUACAGUGGUGUUAGAUGUGAAAAAUGUUCUUAUGGGUACUAUGGGUACCCUGAUAUCCCUGGUGGAGUUUGUAGCCCGUGUAACUGCAACCCAGCGGGAAGUGCCAGUGAUGAAUGCGACGAACAAACGGGACAAUGUAACUGCAGGCCUGGAUCUACUGGAAGAGAUUGUUCUCAGUGUACUGCCUCUCGUCAUGUGUUUAUUGAUAAUAUCUGCACAUCAUGUAACGAUAAUUGCACAGGAAUAUUAUUAGAUGAGAUGUCAUUACUAUCAGAAUUAUUGAUAACCGAAACAACGCACAUCGCUAAUGGCUACAUACCACCACCAUGGGUCGAACUAACAUUCAUAGACGCCAACACAACUGAAUUGCUUAAUAUAAUUAACGAGAAAAAAUCAUUACGACAGCGUAUGCACAAUAUCCCUUGGUCAGAAUACAAGAAAAUGCUCCACAAAGUCGAAUCAUUGUUCAAAAAUAUCGUUAACAUCAGCAGUAAAUCGUGGGAUUUAAAACCCAAGUGUGAAGAUGUAAAAAAUAAUAUUUUUAGCGCAAACGUGGAGAUUAAAAAUUUACGCGCUUUACUGGAAGCUACUACGAUGCAAUUAAAUAAUUACGGUGAUAAUUUGAAGACAGUAGAAAUUAAAAACGUACUUAGAGAAGCUGACUCAAUUCUUAAGUAUUUACGAAGUAUUGACUUUUCCCCGAAAUUAAAAGAGUGUCAUAAAAUUAAUGACGACUCAAAAAAAUACAUUGGCGAAUCAAAAUCCCAUCUUGACGCUACAAAACCUUUUGAUUAUUUAAAGCAUAAUGUUACCAAGUACUUUAAAAAAGUAGAUGAUCUAAAUUUAAAAAUAGACGAAACGAUGGACAAUCUUUACGAAUACGAUAAUUUAUUCCGUGCUAUCAAUAAAAAUUACAGUAUUAUAAAAAAUCAGAAUGAUAACACCAUCAUCAUUGAUAAAGAUAUCACGGAGUUGAUUGAUGAGGGCAGUAAAUUGAACGAAGAGGCCAAAGGUUUUAUUGUUGACAGCCAAAACAACUUUCAAGACUUUCCUGAAUUAAAAAGCAAGUUGGACCAAUGGUCCGAGAAGUUGGACAUCAAAGAAGAAAUAUUGUAUCGUCUUAACUAUGAGUAUCAAGAAAAAUACGUCGCUAAAGCGGCUGAACACGCAAGAAAUUUGUCUGAUUAUGUUGACCAAUAUGUUGCAUUGUUCGAUAGAACACGGAAUGAUGCAGCAAACCCACUUAAAGCGAGUCAAGUCUACAAAAACAUUCUUGAUUAUUUGUCAAUUGCAAAAAUGUCUGCGUCAUUGGCUAAAGAUGCUGCUUGGAAUGUUUAUUACAAAGUAUUUCCGGAAGGUCCUCAAGGCAAAUCAUUAUUAGACAGCGCCGCAGAAAUGUCAGAAAAAUCAACCUUCCAGUUAGAGGAAGCUCAAGAACUCCGCGGUUCGCUCGGUUUCUCCAAAACUCAGCUAGACGCGCAAAAACAAAUUGUCGUGGACAUAAAGGACUCUUUGAACAGCACCGGAGUGAAAGACAACCAGAUAAACAUAAAGCUCCGCGAGCUGCAGACUGAGAGCAACAAGCUCCAGGAACGUCUUGUUGAAAUAAAAUCCGAGCACAGAAAGCUAAUCGAAACAAUCAGUGAGUCUGAAAAACUGAUUAACGACUACAAAGAAGGUCUUGCGAACGACCUGUACCCGCAACUUCACGAGCUCAAGCGUGAGGGCGACUCCAAGAUCAGUUUGGCCAGCGAGAAGCUAACCGAGGCGCAGUCGAAUAUUAAAAAAACUGACGCUAAACUUAUUAGUCUCGCUCAUGCUUCUACCAAACGGCAACACGAAUUCAAUAAAUGGAACACUACCCUCGCCAGCAAAUUAAAGGACCUGAAAGCCAAGAUCACAGAAGCCCGCAAUACCGCAGAUGGUAUCCGCAUAUCUCUCAAGCCCGCUGAAAGUAAAAAGUGCACUCGUUCGUACCGACCGGCUAAUCUCCAGCCUUCGACUACCACCUCCAUCGUGAUAACCUUCGCAGUGACCCACCACCGCAAAGAUGGUCUUCUUUUCUACUUGCCCAGUUCUCAAAACGACGACUUUAUCGCUCUUGAGCUCUACGACAGCAAAGUUCGGUUCCUCUGGAACGUAGGUGGCGACACUGGUGUCCUAGUCCACCCCGAAGUUCUUGAAAGUGGAGACCCGCAAGAUGACAACAAUUGGUACCGCAUCGAAGCCGACCGGGUUCGUCACACCGGAAAACUAAGCGUUCGCAAACAGAUUUCUACUAGCGGAAAAUUCUUGCCCGUUAUCAACUCAACUAAUCCCGAAUUUGGACGACUAGAUGUCGGCAGAAGCGACCGCGUGUGGCUCGGAGGCAUUCCACCAGGAUCACAAAGACAUUCUGCAGAACUGCUGUCAACAAACGGCCUGCCAGGAUGCGUCCAUCAGGUGAUUUUCGACGGAAAACCUCUCGGCUUGUGGAACUUCAUCACAACUGCACCCGAUAAGGCUUGCAAGGCUUGCGUGGAAGGUGUUGAGACAAUCCGCGACGACUUCGCGUACAGUUUCAACGGUGAAGGUUACGCAGUGAGGAACCGCGUUAAUUCUGGUCCCUACAGCAAGUACACAUUCGGUGUUUCUUUGAACUUCCGCACUUACGACGAAAAUGCUCUGCUCUUCCUGACAGUAAACCCGUCGACGGAGCAGUUCAUAAUGAUAUUCCUGCGUGAGGGCCGAGUUAUCCUGCAAAUUGGCUAUGGAAACAACAUCUCCAUGGAGAUGUCCUCUUCCUACCGAUACAACACCGGUAACUGGACGAAGGUAGACGCUUUCAGACAGUACCAGCCGAGGAAGAACAUCGAAAAGUGCAGUUUGAGCCUCGGUGACGGCGAUAACGACAAGCGAAUCGGAGCCCCGACACCCCAGCCCAAGAAAGACGACAUUCCAGACUUGUCGCAAGCCAAGUACUACAUUGGAGGCGUUCCACCUAGUUUCAAGGCUUCGUCUCAGCUUCAAUUGCCCAGAGAAGUCUCCUUUUUGGGGUGCAUGGCGAACAUUAUUAUUCAAGACGGCUACGACCCCAUGGCCGAGCAAUACUAUGGUGUCGAGCCGACUUGUGGUAACAAGCCGCUGAAAAUCGUCGGGUUCUACGGCGACGGGUACCUGGAGCAUCGCUCAUGGCCGCUCAAGAAAAUCCACUCAGCAGUUAGCUUCUCCUUCAGGACAAUGCAGCCUGACGCCGCCUUACUACUGUCGACCUUCCAGGGCCAGGAAGACCGGUUCAACAUCAUCAAUGAUAAUGAAGAUGUUAAUAAAAAUAUCUACUACUCAGUUGCGAUUGUCGAAGGACACGUCCAAGUGAGAGUCAAUGCUGGAAAAGGCGAAGUUGUUCUCCAGUCUAACAACACUUACAAUGACGGAAAGUACCACGCGGUUUCGUUCAUCAAGAGGAGAAAGGAAAUCGAGUUGAGAAUUGACGACGCGUAUCAAGGAAGCGGCAAACUUCCUUCUGGCGCUGCUGUAAGAGCUCGCGAUUUCGGCGGACUGUUUUUCGGAGGACUUCCCGCGCUGAUUAACAACACCGAAAUGAUUGGCUCGAGUAUUCCGCUGUAUGGAGCGAUAAAAGACGCGGUUUUCAAUGACGAGGUCGUGAGAUUCGACGAAGCUGUCGCGUUUGAUCAUGCAUUACUGGGAAGAGCUGGUCCGGUGAUGGGGAAGGACCCUCCUAGUUACACCCCCUCGGCUUCGCUGUCUCGGGGGCUGAAUACUCAGCCCGAGGGCUGUCAGAAGGUUCCUUACUACUCGCUGGAACCCGGAGCGCUCAAGUUCGGGGACAAGUCGCACAGCCACACUCAGCUGUACUUGAAUUUUAAGAAAUUCUGGGAGAAAAGGUAUGUAAUUGAGUUUGACUUCAGGACUUACUAUCCGAAUGGGCUGCUGUUUAUCACUCCGGGGAUCAAGAGGAAGCAGUAUUUGAUGGUGAUUGUCAAGGACGGGCAGCUGAUGCUGGCGAUGAAGAGCAAGAUGAAGAAAGAAAUUGUUUUCAAGAGCCCGUUUAACGACGGAAACUGGCACCACGUUGUCAUCAAUCAUGACGAGCGAAAGUUGACGCUGGUCGUCGACUCCCAGACGCCCAGAAUGAUCAAGGUGCCUAAAAAGAUCGGCUUGGAGACUAUGAUGUAUAUUGGAGGGCUGCCCGAAAGCGGAACACCGUUCCCAGAUCAAGUUGUAGGCAAACUGGAAACACUCAAGGGGUGUAUCAGAGGGCUUAGGGUUAAUGGAAAUAUUUAUGACAUGGUGGGCUCCACGAGCAGGCCUUUCAAUGUCGGACAAUGCUUUCCGAGUGUUGAAAGCGGAGCUUACUUCCAGGAUGAAGCUUACGCUAUUUAUAAGAGGAAUUUCGAAUUAAAUUCUUUAUUGGAGUUACAACUAGAAUUUAGAACAUCGGAAUUGUCAGGUGUACUGUUAUCAAUAACUGCGCCCGACGGCUCGCCUUCAAUGUCCCUGGAACUGCACAACGGAAAAGUCAUAAUGUCCGCGGAUCUAGGUGAUAAGAGUCCUCUGUAUGUGGAACAAAGUUUUCCGAGUCCCUAUGCAAUUUGCGAUAACAGGUGGCACAGGAUACAAGCUGUUUAUAACGAUGAUGAGUUGACGUUGAAAGUUGAUGACUUAGAUCAAAAGUACGGAUUGCCGGCGACUAUCAAUGAACACUUUAUGAUUUCCACUGCGUCUAGUCCUUUGUAUAUUGGUGGAUUGCCAGCAUCAGCUCCAAAAGGGACAUUAAUGAAUCGCGACCAUUUUAACGGUUGCAUAAGAAACGUUAUGAUUGGUGGAGAAAGAAGAGAUUGGACUGAUAUGGCCGAGUUACACAAUAUUCACUUAAGUUCAUGUCCUAUUCAAUAA